AAUAGCCUGUUUCUGGUUCAUCGGUUCACCACUGCCUGAAAGGAUCUCCACCCACCGCCAUUAUGAACAUCCGCAAUGCUCGGCCAGAAGAUCUGAUGAACAUGCAACACUGCAACCUCCUUUGCCUUCCUGAGAACUACCAGAUGAAAUACUUUUUCUAUCAUGGCCUUUCCUGGCCCCAGCUCUCCUAUAUCGCUGAGGAUGAAGAUGGGAAGAUUGUGGGCUAUGUUCUGGCCAAAAUGGAGGAGGAUGCAGACGAUGUGGCCCAUGGACAUAUCACCUCACUGGCCGUAAAGCGUUCACACCGGCGCCUCGGCCUGGCCAAGAAGCUGAUGGACCAGGCCUCUAGGGCCAUGAUAGAGAACUUCAAUGCCAAGUAUGUGUCCCUGCAUGUCAGAAAGAGUAACCGGGCAGCCUUGCACCUCUAUUCUAACACCCUCAACUUUCAGAUCAGUGAGGUAGAACCCAAAUACUAUGCAGAUGGGGAAGAUGCUUAUGCAAUGAAGCUAGAUCUCUCGCAGAUGGCAGGUGAGCUGAGGCGGCAGCAGGAGCUGAAGAAAUGUGGAUACCUGAUGCAGGGCUGCAAAGAAAAUAAAGUAGAGACCCAGGGCAAUACUAAAGAGUAUGGUUCUGAAGAGGCCUUUCAGGGGGAGAAGAGCCCCAUGGCUGAGAAGAGUGGGAGUGACAGCAAGGGACUCAGCGAGUGCACGGAGAGUCCCUAAGUCCAGGAGAGCGCAGAAGACUUGGAUUCUACCCCCUAA